AUGCAAGACAAUUCCCACGAAGAGAGAACAAGCCUCCUCUCAGCUGUGGCUGGCACUGGUCAUCAUCAUCACGAGGAGAACCAUACUACGGGAAGAAAGGCUCCACCUUCAUCAUUACUCAUGAAUGAACAACAACAACAACAACCUGGUACCACCACUACUGCUACGGCUCAGGAAUCAUCGGAUUUAGCUGAACAAGCACCUACUGAACUCAAUGCUUAUGAACGAGGUGAAGCUGGAUCUGUAGGUCAAUGGAAAGACUCGUGUUCUCUUCCUUUCUUCUUUAGUAUCUUUUUGAUUGCCAUUCCAUUGUUGUGGUUCUUGUUAGUGUUUCAAAACGUGUACAUGAAUCCUUUUAAUUAUUCUCCUGAUUUUGAAUGGAUUUAUAAUCAAGCACAACCAGUGAAUAUGAGUAGUACUUUCCAAACAGCAGCAAUUGGAAGAAUGAAUAGAACUGAAUUUUCAAAUGAGUUUAUUGAGAAAAAUGUUUUGGAUCACUUCCCCAAGUUGUUGAAGAAGUACGGAGUGGCCGGAGCUCAAUUGGUAUUGAUCGAUCAAGCUGAGAACCCUUCUGUGGAUGAUCAAGAUGCAAAUUCAUGGCGUUUGAGAGAACUUGCUUUUGGUCAACGAGAUAUUUAUUUCCAGGUGAAUGACACGGUUGAUAAUUUUACGUUAUUCCAAGUUGCUGAGCUCGGAGAAACAGUCACUGCUUUUGGUAUCAUGAAGUUACUGAUGGAUGGUCGUAUCAAUUCCAUUGUUGAUUCUGUGAAUGCCUAUCUCAAGUCUUUCAAGAUUCUAGAUUUGGCUGGAAACCUUCACAACGGCACAAAUAUUAAGGAACUCUUGCAACACACUUCUGGAUGUCGCAGUCUCGAUAAGGUUCGACAAAACAUUCGUGUGGACACUUCCAAAGUUGGAGCUGUUUCUUUGAGUCGACAAAGCAUUGGUGCUGAUUAUGCAGUUUUACAAACACUGAUUGAAGACGUCACUGGACAGAAUUUCACCAAGUGGAUCAAUGAGAAUAUUUUGAAUCCUUUAGGAAUGAUUCUCUCAACCUAUGACACAAAUGACAUUUCUAACGAUAGAAUUUUCAGCUCCUCUUACGGAAGUUAUUUCUAUGCCAUUCCUGAAAUGGGAUACUCUGUGAUAUCUUCAUUUGGUUUAUACAGUCGUGCCAGAGAAUAUGCAAACUUGGUGAUUGCUGGUUUGAAUGCUGACAAGAGUGGAAAUGCUGUUCUCGAUCAACGUCACACUAAAAGUAUUUUCGAUGGUGACAAAUACAUUGACGGUUUCAAGUACACAACAGCUACAGGCUAUGGAGUUUUGGUUGAGACUCUCAGCGAUGGUUCAUUAACUGCUUUCAAAACAGGUCUCAAUGUAGGAUGGAAAGCACAGUAUGGAUUCAAUUCUGUGCACAAACAAGGUUAUGUCUUAUUUACAAAUACUGAAGCAGCAGAACCAGUGUUGGAUGUGUUCCAUUGUUAUUGGCAAUAUCAAAUGACUGGAAGUAAUGAAAAUAACGCCUGUGUUCGAGUUGCAGACAGACAAAUGGGUGAUUUGAUUGUAUCCAUCAUUACUUGGAUCUUUGCUGUUGCUCUCCUUAUUUUCUGGGCAAUUAUGACUGCUGUGAUUUGUCAUCCUAAGUUCCCAAUUACAUGUAAUUUCCCAUUUUUAUCUGGUAAUUGGCUAGAUAGAGCCACCAGUUUUUCUGUGGUUUCCAGAUUCAUUAUUGUGGUUUUCAUUGCUAUUAUUUACGCAGCACUCAUGAUCUUUUUACAUAGUGACGUUUUUGGUUUGGUGAGAUAUAGUGUGCACUAUGUCAUUUUUGCUGUUCGUUAUGCUCCAUUCUAUUUACCAUUCUCUUCACUUGUUUUUGGAUUUUACUGCAUGACUUGCAUUUGUAUUGCUGUGUUUGUGUAUCGAUCUGAAGAGCAAAACUCCAAGAAGAUCAAGGACUAUGAAAGAAUUAACUAUUGA